AUGACCCUUUCCGACAAGGAACUUUAUGAGCUUAACCGCAAGGCGGUGGCUGAUUCGUUCAAAAUCAAGCCCCGUAUUGAUUAUAAUACUGUGGGUGGUGUCAAUGGGCCCUUGGUCAUUCUCGACAAAGUCAAAUUUCCCCGCUACAAUGAAAUUGUCAAUUUGACUCUUCCCGAUGGUUCAGAAAGAGCAGGGCAGGUCCUUGAAGUUAAAGGUGAUAAAGCUAUCGUUCAAGUCUUCGAAGGUACCUCGGGUAUCGACGUCAAGAAAACUCGUGUCGAAUUCACCGGUGAAAACCUCAAAAUUGCGGUAUCAGAAGAUAUGUUGGGCCGGGUGUUCGACGGGUCGGGGCGUCCUAUUGAUAAGGGUCCUAAAAUCUUCGCGGAGGACUACUUGGAUAUCAACGGGUCGCCAAUUAAUCCGUAUGCCCGGAUUUACCCCGAGGAAAUGAUCUCCACGGGUAUCUCGGCCAUCGACACGAUGAACUCUAUUGCUCGUGGACAGAAAAUUCCUAUCUUUUCCGCCUCCGGGUUACCUCACAACGAGAUUGCCGCUCAAAUAUGUCGGCAAGCCGGCUUGGUGCGUCCUACCAAGGAUGUACAUGACGGUCACGAAGAAAACUUCUCCAUCGUGUUUGCCGCUAUGGGGGUAAAUUUGGAAACGUCGCGGUUCUUCAAGCAGGAUUUCGAGGAAAAUGGUUCUUUAGAACGUACUCUGUUGUUCUUGAACUUGGCUAACGAUCCCACAAUUGAACGUAUCAUUACACCGCGCUUGGCUUUGACUACCGCCGAAUACUUGGCCUACCAAACCGAAAGACACGUUCUUACAAUUUUAACGGAUAUGUCGCUGUACGCCGAUGCUUUGCGUGAAGUUUCGGCCGCGCGAGAGGAAGUGCCGGGUAGACGUGGUUAUCCCGGUUACAUGUACACCGAUUUGUCGACUAUUUAUGAGAGAGCUGGCCGUGUCGAAGGGCGUAACGGUUCCAUUACUCAAGUGCCUAUUUUAACGAUGCCCAAUGAUGACAUUACCCACCCUAUUCCCGAUUUGACCGGUUACAUUACUGAAGGUCAAAUUUUCGUUGAUCGUCAAUUGCAUAAUCGUGGGAUUUAUCCCCCCAUUAACGUGUUACCUUCGUUGUCACGUUUGAUGAAGUCAGCUAUUGGUGAGGGAAUGACUCGCAAAGACCAUGGCGACGUGCUGAACCAAUUGUACGCCAAAUAUGCCAUCGGUAGAGACGCUGCCGCUAUGAAGUCUGUUGUAGGUGAGGAAGCCUUAUCAACGGAAGACAAAUUAUCUCUCGAAUUCUUGGACAAGUUUGAAAAGCAAUUCAUUUCUCAAGGCGCAUACGAAAAUAGAACCAUUUUUGAAUCGUUGGACUUGGCAUGGUCUUUGUUGAGAAUUUAUCCCAAGGAAAUGUUGAACCGUAUUUCACCGAAAAUCUUGGAUGAAUUUUACGAGAGAGGAAGAGAUGCGGAUGAUGAUGAACGCGAAGAUGCCGAACAAGACAAGUCUAAUGAUACUAACUUGGUUGAUGUUUAG